AAAGAACAUCAUUAACAAACAAGACCAGAGAUAUCUGACCCCGACCAAUAGUAGUAAAAGACCCAGAUCGGAAAAUGACUUCCUCCACCAAAUCAGCUUUUACCAAGGCGGCGUUCAUGGUGGCGGUGGCGCUGCUAGUGAUCACCACCAGAACGGCGGAGGGGCAGGCAGAUUGUGCUGCAAAUUUAAUCCCAUGUGCAGAGUACUUAAACUCCACAAAUCCAGCACCCGCAUGCUGUAACGCAAUCAGAGAAGUGGUGUCUACUCAACUACGUUGCCUGUGUAACCUUUACAACAAUCCAAACCUAGUGCCUGGUAUUAAUAUGACUCAAGCUCUCGAGUUGCCGAAACACUGUAAUCUCUCCGCUGAUACCAGCAGAUGCAAAGCUUUGUCUCCAACUUCGUCUGUUGUGCCAACCCCAGGGGUGAUCGGUGGCAAUGAUAACAAUGGUGCGGGCAAAAGUAUUUCAUCUGUGGGAGUUCCAAGCUUAUUCUUGCUUUCGGCCAUUGUGAUGUUUCAUUAGAUAACUAUAUUGGAGCCCAUUUUUCUACGGUAAUAAACAGCCCCUGGUGGGAUGGAUUAGAUAGAUUAGUAAUAUAUGCUUGUUACAUUUAUUUGUAUGAAUGGUAAUUUAUUGUGUAAAAUUAUUCUGGAUUGGUAACAUAUCGAGACUUUUUGUUAAAUUUAAUUAUCCAUUCCACCUUGUAUGAUUACAUGAUUAUUGAU